AUGGUGUCCACGGCUGGAGGCAUCGUCAUUGCCAUACUCGUUCUGCUGACUGUGGCCGCCGUCGGCUGGGUCGUCUACGCUCAAAUGCGCGCGCGCAGGUUAGGCUUGCCGCCGCCUACGCUGUCGUCGUAUUUGCCGUGGAAGCGAAGCGAAACUCCAUACGGUCCCCCGCAGCCAGCGCCCGGCGGCGUCGUCGGCUGGUUCAACGAUCAAAUUCGCAAAAUGAAGAACAGAAACAACCGCUCCGCGACCGGUGCGUACGAGCGGCCUCUCCAGGGCGGGAGCGGCGGGCGUCGAGGCUUUGGUCCUCUCGAUCCUGACGAGGCCUGGGAUGCGCGUGUAGGCCACGAAGCCGAUGGCUAUGGCUACUAUGAAGAACAGGAGCUCGGGCGACACACAAACACCGAGUACGCCGGCGGCAGCAGCUACAACAUGGACCUGGCUGCGACUCCAGGUGCAAACUACGACGAUGACGAGCGCGGUCGCAGACCAGGCUGGCCUGGCGCCGCCCAGAACAAGAAUCCAUUCGACGAUGACGCUGUCUCAAGUUUGCGUGGUGUCAGCCCGCGACCUAUUGAUGCCGCAGCUGGGCAGAGCCACAAACCAAAACCAAGCGAACUGGAGAGUGGGAAGUAG